CAACCCUUUUCUUCCCCUCUCAAUCAAUUGCAGCCACAUCUCACUUAUGAGUAAACCACAAUCAGACGCUUCACUCGCCAACAUUCACAAUCCACAAAAUUCACAAUCACCAAUUCACAAUGGAGCGAAACAACAACUACAAUCGCGGCGGAAAUGACGGUGGUGGCCGGGGUAAUGGCGGCAGAGGAGGCGGUGGCCGCGGUGGUGGUGGUUAUCAUCACGGUGGACGAAACGGAAAUCAUUCGCAACAAUACAGUAAUCAACAACAGGAACAGUAUCAGGAAAAUUAUGGAGGCGAUAGAGGUAGAGGCAGGGGUCGAGAAUCCGGUGGGAUCGGAAGUGGUCUCGGCCGUGGUCAGCAAAGUCAACGGACUCCGGCUAAGCCUAGGCAGAAUGCCGAUCGAGUGCCGGAAGUCAACGCGUGGAGUCGUGUAGCGUCUGGUCAACCGGCUGUGGCCCAAACACAAACCCUAACUCAGAACCGGAAUGAUCGUUAGGUUCAAGAAGUCAGUUCAAAAUUAUCAACUCUUAGUGUUAUAGGCCACUCAAAAGAUGAUGUAACAAAUGCUCUUCUACCAAUUAAGUGUCCGGACCGCGGUACACACGAAAUGAGAUCGGUGACAAGCGACUCAAGAUCGCAUUCGAGGUUUGAUUUUUGUUGUCUCCAUCUGUUGCGAUUUUUCACUAAUAUAUAUUGAUCUGAACUUUAUCCCCUUUCGACCUCCGGUUGAUUUUUCAUGAUCUAAACCCAUUAAAUUCAACUAGGAAGUCAACAUGUGUCUCUUCGUUGCUUGAUGCUUCUUCUUCUCUUGGUCGUUCCUUUUGUAACAACUUUAACGCCGACUAAUGAAUUUAGUAUAACCCCAGUAUGUAGCUUUUUAAUUCUCUCGCUUAAAAUCAUAUAACUGUAUAUAGUGUAUGCAUUAAGACCGUAAAUGCAUUAAGACCCUAAACAACCAUAAUUCCGCCGACUAUAAACAACCUAGAGAUCGCCGCCGCAACGCGCGGCAUCUGGCACCAUCCUAGUCUUAUAAGAAAAUAUAA